AAAAAGCACCGGGAUAUCAUUUUAAUUUGAUCGGCGCUGUUUUACUAAUUCAAACUUUCCCAAUCGAUCGACUCACACACUCCGCUUCACUCCCGAUCUACAGCUACGAUACUUUUUUGAAAGACAGAUUUUGAACACGUUGUCGCCGAUCGUCUCACUUUUCUUUCUUUUCCUGCGCUUUCCCUCUCUUUCCUUUGUGCAUUCCGUCUUUGCGAUCGCCUUUGUCCAACUUUUAAAUCGCGAUCUCACACGCAUUUCGAACCCGAUCGACCCCUGCUCACAUUUUCAACUUUUCAUCAACACACAUCUGCGUUUAAGACCAAAGAUUACACUUACUGUAGCGCAUUUUGUGUCCGUUUUCCCUUCGUUUCUGCUCUGGACGUGGUGGCUCGUGAAUGCGGAACACACAAACAAACAGGCUGGAACAAAAGUGUCAGCGCAGCAGGAAGAGCCGAGCCCUGCAGUAGAGAGCAAGCCUUGGCCGGGAGCAGUGGGGGGCAGAGGCCGGGACAAGCGGUCGAAAAGUGGCCCGGACAAUAGCGUGGAAUGAGCGCGGAUAAUGCGCUUUUACGCACAGAUCAUUCGGGCUUAAUUUAAGACACUGAAGCGACAUAGUUUUCCAUUGUAACAUGACAGUUGUGUUGCUUUAUUUUUCACAUGUUCAUAAAAAGUGUGGCAUUAAAGUGUUUAUUAGGUGGAGAAACUGUAAAGAAAACUGCUGUAGGAUGGUGCGGAACGCACGACAUUUUCUUAGAAGUUUCUUUUUUAUUUAUUCACUUUUUUACUUUUCAACCAUAUGCAGCAGAGAGAGAGAGCUCAGUGGGCUUCAGGUGGAGGAGGGGCCGCUGAGCGGUGUGCAGGGUGGAGAGGAGUGGAGUCAGUUAAUGUUGUUGUUGUUGUUUUUGUCUGCUGCUUUUGUAAACAUGAGCCAUUCUGUUCUCCUCGCUCAGAUAAGCCGAGAGUGUACCAGGGCGUCCGUGUGAAGACCACGGUCAAAGAGUUGCUGCAGAGGCACAGAGCCCGCGAGGCCAACAGCAAAAAGCUGAAAACGAUAUCCCAGGCUUGCUUGGAUCUUCAGGAUCUCUGUCAGUCAACUUUUCCAAGUAUAAUCCCCUCUGGUCACUAUGUGGAUCCUCCUGCCGCAAUCACUCCAGCGGACACGAGCAGUUGCAGCGCGCGAGCCCUCCAGAUGCGCACCGCCCCGUUCCAGGCUCCUGAGAGCGCGUGCGGCAUCCAUAUGCAGGGGAACGCAUUCAGUGACACCCAGCAGCAGUUUGGGGACAUGACGUUGCCCAGUAACUGCUACAAUGGCAGCAACAACAACAACAUCAUCAUCAACAACAACAACAAUAACAACAACAACAACCACACCAUCGGCGACGGCGGCUACAACAACAACCACGCCGCCUCCCUGCCUCCUCCUCCCACCUUCCCGCUGCCUUGGUACUAUGGACUCUCCUCAGAUGCGGACUAUUAUGGGCAUGAAAUGGCUCCUGGCUCCCCAGAGUCACAGAAGCUCUACAGCCCCAUGGAUCAUAACAGCUACUCGCCUCAAGACUCCUUCUCUUCCUCCUCCUCCUCCUGCUACGACUCGCCCACCAGGAUGGAGUCCAGCCACCACGGCUUUGCCUCAGAACACUUCCACUACCAGCACUGCAACCUUCAGGACUGUUACUGCCUGUCCCACUGUUGGUCGGGUCAGCAGGAGGGCUUCACUGCCCCUGAAUACACACCUUGCUACAACCCCACAGACUAUCCAUACACCUGCCUGGUGGAGGAAAGCUUCAGGAGGGAUUUGCAGACAAACGCUGAAAUGUGUUACAAUAUAUUAUGAUGUGACCUUUGACAGUAUUGUUUUUUUUUUCUAUUCUGGCUGUAAAUACAAUUUUCUCUUUGAAUUACUCACAUUUCACCGUGCGCUUACUGGCUUGUGUCUUUGGUGGAGUGGAUAUAUAUACAUAUAUAUAAUAUAUAUAUGUAUAUAUAUAUAUGAAUGAAGAAUGCUGAAUGGAUGGAAAGACUGAUAUUUUUGUAUCUGUUGGCUGAUAUUUUUGUAUCUGUUUGUCUUAUUUUUUUAAUGCUCAGAUUUAUUUUCAUACACAUAACUGUCGCAAUUGGUGUACUAAAUAAAAAAAAAACGUUGAA